AUGGUAGACUUCUUCUUUCGAACACGAAAUGCGUCCAUAUCAGAAAGUCGUAAAUUAUUGUGCGCCGGCUUGACAAGUAAUAAUGGAGCGAGAAGGAUACAAGUGCUACAACUCGUGAAACACCAUUACUUCCCGUCGGAUCAAAUGAAUCAGGUUUUCGGUGAGAGUCUACACAACAUAUCGGAUAUAAGUGCAGAGAACAUAUCGCCGCGCAAAGAAACCGACAGUGAAGUGUCAUGGGCCGCUCAGACACUCACUCCGACCCAAGAGCAUGCAAUAGACGCUCUCAUAAGAAAACUGAAUGAUGCAUUGCAUAGCGAUAAGAAUAUGGAGAAUGAAAUGAAACGUCGCGAAAAAGAGGCGGAAGAAAGACUAAAACAAGCAGAAAUUGAGUACAAAAAUCUACAAAAGAAGUUGGAACUACAGCGUACUCCACCAAAUACAUUAAAUUUAUCUGGUAAUAAAACCCGAAUACAGCUACACGGAUCGGAUCCUAAUCUUAAUAUUCUUAUGGAAAGUGAUAAUGAAUGUAGCACUUUGACGAGAAGACAAAAAAGAAAGAUUCCUGAGCCGAGUGAAGAAUCGUCGUUAAUGCAGGAAUUGCGCCGUAUGUUUAAUGAUUUUAAUAAACAACAGAACCAAAAGAUUGAAACUUUAAUCACAUCAAUUAAUGAGAUCAAGCAGCAAAACGUCGAAAUUCGUGAGUCCAUUUCAUUCCUAUCUGCAAAGUAUGACGAUGUUUUAAAGGAAUUAGAACAUAUCAAAGAAGAAAAUAGUUUGAAAACAUGUCUCAUAAACUCUCUUGAGCAGAAAAUUGAACUUUUGGAACGUAAUGCGAGAUCCACAAUGAUAGAAAUAAAAAAUAUUCCACGAACCCAUUAUGAAAAUAAAAAUGUAUCUUAUUUCCUUGGUCAAGAAAUUGGGAGAAAUUAUUAA